CACCCAGGUAUCGAGCAACGUGCGAGGAGGUGAUGACGACGAUACCAGGCGUUUUGGACACGGCAUAUCCGGUCAUCCCCUCGGCGACGACCUCCAGAACGACGCCGGGCGUCCACACGUUAGCAUGAGACUCGACACUUCCGUGGUGGUGUCCUCGCGCCGAUCCGUUCCUCCAAUCGUCUCAUUCGCGUUUGUUUACUUCGAGGUGUAAAUAAUGCAGGAGCACAAGUCGUUCCUCAUAAGGGAUCUUCUGGGGGAUGUUUUGUCCGAGCGGGUGCACGAAGAUUCGGAGGACGACUCGGCCGUUCAUUCGGACUCCGAGGACACGAUCGACCCUGGAAGCAGCCCCUGCACCAGACUGGAAAGCCCCCCGCCCCCGCUCUCGCCAUCUCCGGCGGCGGCCACGUCCGGCAAGUCGUGCGGAACGGGCAGCGGCCCCCCAAGCGGCAGGAAGCCGAGAAGAAGGCGGACGGCGUUCACCCACGCCCAGCUCGCUUACCUCGAGCGAAAGUUUCGAUGCCAGAAAUAUCUGAGCGUGGCGGAUCGGAGCGACGUGGCCGACGCCCUGUCCCUCUCCGAGACCCAAGUCAAAACUUGGUACCAGAACAGAAGAACGAAAUGGAAGCGGCAGAACCAGCUGCGGUUGGAGCAGCUUCGGCAUCAGGCGACGGUGGAGAAGGAGUUGCUGGUACGAGGCGUGGGCCUGCACCACGGCAGCAUAGACGCCUACUGUCCACCGUACAACGCUCAAACCCAGACCCAAAGCCACCCGCCUCCGCCGCCGCCGCCCCCGGCGCCGUCCACCGCGUCGACGGCCGCGUUCCUCUCCACGGCGGCGGCCCUGUUCCGGAACGUGACCUACGUCCACGGAUGCCCCCUCUAACCGCGGCGGUUGAGGCCGCGGUUCCAGGAUCCAGAUCUCUGCUUCCCGGCCGCCGGCAUUGGGAAGGCAUUGGCCCUCCUUCUCCUCCCUUCGAACGGAGGCGAAUCCUAGAUCAACUCGUGAGAUUGAUCGCGGCGGUUGUUCCGCGUUCACUGGGUGGUGGUUUCGUUUGUUGGUUCUGGGUAAGGGUUGAAGUGAAGUGACGGGAUGGUGACGGGGAAUUGUUUCUCCAGUGUUUAUUUCUGCAUGCGAGACAGUGUACAUAUGUAAUUAUUAUUACGGAUGAUAGAGUCGUAGUUUCCUUUCUUUCUUUCUUCCUUCACUUGAGGAAAAGGAUUGGUUGGAAAUUGGAGGGAUUUUCUUUAAUCGAAGGAAUUUUCGCUUGUUGUCUGCGCUCGAUCUUAGGAAACGAAAGGAACUCGAGUCGAAUAUCGAAUUCGUAGAUGCGUCGUAGGCUCCUUAGGGUGAUUGUAAAGAGGAGGGAGAAUUGACAAGUGUGCAAUGUUUCUUCAGAAGACGAAGUUUUUCUUUCUUUUUUUAGGGAUAUUAUAGUUCGCCAACGACUUUACUUUCUCCAUUUAGUGGGCGAGUUUUCGCCAACCGAAGAAUUCUUGUAGAUAAAAUAAAUUAUUAACAGAAAUAUCGAAACAUCUUGUGAUUAAUCCUCUUCUAUAUAAUACAUAUCCAAAUUUUUCUUUCGUUUUCAUCGUUUCUUUUUGAAAAAAUGGAUCGAUUUCCCUCUAAAUCUAUCUCUCUCCUUCUUUUCUUAUUUAGAAAGCGAGGAAAAGAGAAAUCGGUAACGAGGCUGUAUCGAACAAGACCAAUUCGCGCGUGACAAUGGGCACGUGGCCAGGAACAGCGUUUCGCAACAGCGGAACGUAAUUGGCUGAAACCGAUACAAGUCGAGUACCGGUGCCACUCGUGGCUGGAAUUGGCUGACGGAUUUAAUUGAACGGAAUCGACGAGAAAGAGCGAGACGAGGUAACGUGUCGGAUCGCGUGCUGGAGAAGGAGGGGAAGAGAGAUACACGGUGAAGCAAUUGUCACGAUGAUUUUUUUUUUUUCUUUCCGAUCGUGGACUCCGGUCGUUUGUUAAUUGGAGAAGAAAAGAGAGAGAGAGAGAGAGAGGAAUAAAAGAAAUCAGGAAGAGAAUAAAAGUGCACGAUCUCUUUACACGGGUGAUUAGACUGCAUUAAGCGAAUUUCGAAUGAUCUCGCGUUAACGACGUUUUUCGUUGAUAAUCACUUUCCUUUCGUUUCUUUCUUUCUUCCUUCCUUCCUUCCUUUUUUUUUAAACCACUCCACGUAAAAUUGCGAAACACAACAAUUUCACUCUUUGAAUGAAAUUUCUCGUUUCGAGAUCGAUCUCCCGUUUCCGGGAAAAUGAAUGGGGGAUCGUAAUUGGGGGAAAAGACGCGUGGAAAGUUAAAAGGAUAAUCUUACUUCUUCUCCUCCUCCUCCCUCCUCCACCAUUUGAUAAGAAGAAAUUAUUGCAAGUCGACAUCCUCUCCAGAUCGUCGACGAUGAAGAAAGAGAGGAGGAGAAAACACUCCUUUCGAAUUCAUUCGGGAUGAAGUAAACUGUUCUCCGUGUUUGGUCCUCGAAUAAUAAAAAAAAAAGGAAAAGAAA